AUGGCACCACCGAGGAAAAAACGCUUAGUACUCUUAGUGGACAUCGGGGCCAUCGGCCACGCGUCGAACCGAUCUCGAUUCGUCUCCGUCGUCACGGCGAGUAAAAUCGUCGCCAGUCUUCAUUUGCACAAGAAAACGGACGAAGUGGUGGUUGUUUUUAUCGGGAGUUCUGAGACGAGAAACAGAUUGUACGACGAAGAGAAUAACGACGACGAAGAUGACGAAGAUAAAUAUUACGCAAACGUGGAAGUGCUCGGUGAAUUAAAAGUCCACUCGUCGAUGGAGUAUUCGAAAGAAGUCGAAGACCGAGCGCGAGAAUUCGACGAAGACGAGGAAGAAGAUGUAACAAAAACGAAGAACAAAACGAAGGAGAACAAAAAGUACGAACACAGAGGCGAUAUUUUAGACGCGUUGACAAUCGCGUGCGAUAUCCUCGCGCAAAGAAUGGAAGCGAUGCAAGGGAAAACGGCGAAGAUUGCAAACGAGAUUUUGUUGCUCUCGCCGUGCGCGGAAGACGCGUUGGGCGAAGGCUCGCUGGAUGAGAACGAGUUCGCGAGAGACUUGGUGCGCGUUAUGAAGGAGAAGGAGAUCACGUUGAGCGUCGGCGUCGGGAUUGUCGAUAGUGGUGGAAAAGAAGAAGGAGAAGAACAACAGAAGCGAAUAGGAGAUACUUCUACUAAUACCAAUACGAACGAACCGAAAGUAAAAGUAGUGAAACUUCUCGCCGAGAUGGUUAAACAAACCAACGGCCAAAUCGAACCGGCAAUGGAUGCGAUUAUAGGAAGACUCAUGCGCACGAAAACGCCAACGACGACGUUUCGCGGGAACUUAUCGUUCGGUAAACUUGGGAAAGAGUCGUAUUUAUCCAUUCCAAUUUGGGCGUACAAGCAAACCAUGGAGGCAACCGCGGAAACGAUGAAACCGUACGGCGCGUUUGAAGGCCAAGAUUUGUUGCGAGACGUGCAAUAUAAGAACAUUUCAAAGAUUGAUGGCGACGAGAUCCCCGCAGAGCAACGGGUUCGGUGUUACAAGUACGGAAAGCAAAGCAUACCGAUGGACGAGUCCGUGGAGCGACAGUUCGGAGCAGAGAAAAUGAAGAAAGGAGUAGAAAUUAUAGGCACCGUCGAUUUGAAAUACGUGCCUUUUUGGUUGACCACGGAAGAGCCGAUGAUGUUUUGCGCGUGGCCGGAAUUGACGGAAGACGAGAAGGCUGGGAUACAUACGGAUGAAUAUCAGAAAGCGUGUCAAGCGUUGUCGGCGUUUGCAAGAGCGUUGGAUAAGAAAGGUAAGUGCGCAUUGUGCCGCGCGUGUUUUAGAGAAGGUAGCGGGAUACACUUUGGCGCAUUGACGCCUAAAUUCCUUCCUGAGGGCGAUUUUCUCUUAUUUUCACCGUUACCGUACGCGGAAGAUUGGCGAGCGGACCAAGUGUUUCGAGAGAACGAAGAGUUGGAAGAGUUACCAAAAAUCGAUCAACACAGAUUGAACAUCGUCGGAAGUCUAAUCGAUUCCAUGACUUUGCCUCCGAGCGAAAACGCAAACACGCGAAUGAGCGUUUCUGUGAAAGGCUUAGUUGAAAAAGCGAAGAAAAAGAUCCGCGUGAUGCGACCGUGGGAAAUGGCUAACCCGAAUUUGUUGCGAAUGAGCCAAAUGUUGGCUGAAAAAGCUUUGGAUCCGGAUACUGCGUUUAAAACGGUAAAAAAGUCGCACUCGUUGCCCGGAGCGGACGAAUACUUCGCGGAGAAGUAUAAACAUUUGCCGAGAAAUUCAGCCAUCGGUCAACUUCCCGACGCCGAAAACGCUGCGAAGAGAAUCAAAACGUCGUUUAAAUUAAUCAGUCGAGAUGAACUCGUGGACGAAGAGGAGAAGAAAGAAACAAUAGCUCUUCCUACCAUCCAAGAGCCAAAAGACGACGAAGACGACGAGGGCGCGAAGAAAGCUGCCGCCGAUGUCGACGGUGGUGAUGCGGCAAUCGUACUCAUCGAAGAUACGGACGACGACGAAAAGGAAGACGACGAAGAGGUUCCCUUGACGCAACCAAAACCAUCCGAGACCGUUUGGCCAUCGUCUGAAACAGUCGGUGAGAAGAAGAUCUCACCUGCAAUGGCUUCGGCUGAGAAGCAAUUGAAAGAAAGACGAAAAGAAGAAGCGGAUAAAGAGAACGAAAAAGAAAAACAAGAACAACAACAAGAGGAGGAGGAAGAAGAAAACGAGGAAGAUUUGUUCGAAGACAUGGAUUAA